AUGCAACGGGGCUUCGUUUCAAGACGCAGCAGCAGCAGCAGCAGCAACAGCAGCAGCAACAGCAGCAGCAACAGCAGCAGCAACAGCAGCAGCAACAGCAGCAACGAUGACGAAGACAGCAACAGCAAAAGCAGCAGCACCAGCAGCACUAGCAGCACCAGCAGCACUAGCAGCAGCAGCAGCAGCAUCAUCAGCAGCAUCAGCAGCAAGAGCAGCAGCAGGAAGAAGGGUAUAUUAGUCCCCCGUAGGCCUGGCCGAAGCCCUUUGCUUCCUCGUCAUCAUUCUCACCGAUAUAUUCAUCUACGAACGCAUGCACAGAUUAAAAAGCAUUUUAAGAGAGUACCUUUGGAUAGCCCAGAGGGAGCAGCAGCAGCAGCAGCUGCUGCUGCUGCUGCUGCUGCUCCUUCUGCCUCUCUUGCACAGAAAAUAGCAGCAGAAGCAGCAACACCUGCUGCUUUUAAAUGGGUAUCUGGCUGCUUCCUUAGACUUCGAGUCUGCUGCAGCAGGAAAGAUGAUGCAGCAGAGACACUAAGAAGGGUGGAGGCAGCACUGCAGCAGCUAAACCUCCUUGCUGCUAAGCAGCAGCAGCAAAGGCUGCAGCAGCAGCAGCAGCUGCUGCAACAGCAGCUCAUAGUGCUGAAACAACAGCUGCAACAGCAGCAACAACAGCAACGCAUGCAAAAGCAGCAGCAGCAGAUGCAGCAGCAGGUGGAGGAGCUGCAGCAGCGGCUACAGCAGGUGCAGCAACAGCAGCAGCAGCAACAGCAACAGGGUGUGCCUCCUACCUUUAUAAUGUCUGUAUCGUCUCUGCCUAUACACCGCAAGCUGCUUUGUUUGCUGCGAUCUCCCUUUAAACAUAAAGACAGCAGAGAGCAGUAUGAAUUGCUGCAGCGCAAAAUCCUCGUGGAUGUACACCUCAGCAGCGAACUGAUACAUUAUCUUAAAACGAAGCAGCAGCAGCUAUGCAGCAGCAGCAACUGCAGCAGCAACAGCAGUAACAGCACCAACAGCAGCGACAGCAUCAGCAGCAGCGGAAGCAGCAGCAGCAGCAAGAGCAACAGCAACAGCAACAGCAACAGCGAUAGCACUAACAACAGCAGCAGCGACAGCAGCAGCGACAGCAGCAGCAGCAGCAGCAGCAGCAGCAGCGACAUGUGGGGUUAUCCAAUGGAGUCGGUGAAGAGACUCCGCUCUUUCGUGCGUCUCUACCGCCGUCAUCUGGGUGUAUAUACUCAGCAGCAGCAGCAGCAGCAGCAGCAGCAGCAGCAACAGGAGCAGCAGCAGCAGCAAGGGUUGAAUAAAGAUAAGGCUUUAGAAGUUGCGGUGUAUAGGGAGUUAGAGACUCUGGUCUUUCCCGCCGCAUUUUCUGCAGUGUCUCCGCAGCAACAGCAGCAACAUCAGCAUCAGCAGCAGCAGCAGCAGCUGCAGCAGCAGCAACUAUCAACAAUCUUAAGCAUCACUCUACCAGAUAGAGUAGAA